ACAAAAGAAAAAAAGUGAGAAAAAAGAUCCCAAACUCCCUACACAAGAUCAAAGAAAAAAUAAAAUAAAACAGAAGGGAAAAAUAUAUUCUUCGUUGCUGUUCUUCUGUCUGAUUCUAAUACAACUUCUGCUUGAUUAGAAAAAGAAGUACUAAAAACUGCUGUUUACCAUCGUCAUUGUGGAAAAAUAAUAAAAUAUAAAAAUCUCAACUAUCAAUUUAAAUUUUGUACGGCGUAAUUAAUUUGUGUAAUUUGCUCUCUGGAAAAUUUCAUAAUUUUCAUUGUGAUAUCAUUCGACUUAGGUGAAAACUUCUAAAAAAAAAACAAAAGAAACUCAAAUCAAAAUGUCCUACGCAUAUUUGUUCAAAUACAUCAUCAUUGGAGAUACUGGUGUUGGAAAAUCAUGUCUGUUAUUGCAAUUCACCGACAAGCGAUUCCAGCCUGUUCAUGAUCUUACCAUUGGAGUUGAAUUCGGAGCACGAAUGAUAACAAUCGAUGGAAAACAAAUUAAACUACAAAUUUGGGAUACUGCUGGUCAGGAAGCAUUUAGAUCGAUCACACGUUCAUAUUAUCGUGGAGCUGCUGGAGCAUUGCUUGUUUAUGACAUCACAAGACGCGAGACAUUUAAUCAUUUGACAACUUGGUUGGAAGAUGCUAGACAACACUCGAAUUCAAAUAUGGUUAUUAUGCUGAUUGGCAACAAGAGUGAUUUGGAUUCGCGAAGAGAAGUGAAAAAAGAGGAAGGAGAAGCUUUUGCUCGUGAGCACGGUCUUGUUUUUAUGGAAACUUCAGCCAGAACUGCUGCCAACGUCGAAGAAGCUUUCAUUAAUACCGCCAAGGAGAUUUAUGAAAAAAUUCAAGAAGGUGUCUUUGAUAUCAAUAACGAGGCAAAUGGUAUCAAAAUUGGACAGCAACAUUCCCCGACAAAUCCAGCUUUGCCUGGCUCCGGAAGUCAGGGUGGACCAGCUGGAGGCAGUUGUUGUUAGGAGUAACACUGUCAUUUUUUUUUACAACUUUUAAGUUUUUUUUUCAAUAACAAACAAAUAAGAAAAAAAAAAAAACAAAAUACAAAAUCAAACCAAACUAAACAAAAACUUUUAACAUAAAGUGAACAUUUAAAAAAGAAAAACCUUUUAAAUAAAACAUAAUUAAAUAAACAAAAAAAUACAAAAUACAAUUGUGUGACACUUUUCAACUACAAAAUAUAAAUUAUUACUUCCAAUUUAAGGUAUAAUAAUAAAAAUACAAAAAUACAAAUAAUUUUCUUUUUUAUACAUAAUAUUGAAUUUGCAUUGGUAAGCUCUUUAAAUUAAAACAAAUUUAAAAAUAAAAGACUACGCAUAUAAGAGAACUGAAAUGCGAACAUUAAAAAACCUAUUCCAAACGAAAAACAUAAUUAAAUAAUUACAACUAUUGUGUCGUACUAUGUAUUAGGUUAAUAUGAGAUUUUUAAAAAUUCAAUUUUCUACGUUACUUGUGCAAUUCUAAUAUUUGUUUUAAAAAUUUAAUGUUUGAUUACUCUUUAAAUCAAAUUGAAAA